AUGAAACUCACACCAACAACAAGAUAUGGAUGUAAGACAAGGAUACGAAUAAAAUGGGACAUUGACAGUGGGUUGUACCAUAUUAAACAACACAUCUUUUUGCACACACGUGAGUUGACAAAGGCUGAAUGGCAGCACCUACAUCGAUCCGAAAGGCAUGUAUCAAUUGUAGAGAAGAUUGAUACAAUUCAUUCGUUUGAAGAAGCAAGCAUAAGACCGACCACUACUUAUAGAUAUUUGUCUCAAGGUGCAGGGGGUGACGAGUUUGUGGGGCAUACACUAACUGAUCAUAUCAACUAUGUCAAUAGAUUGAGGAUGAAAGCAAUAGAAGGGGGUGAUGCUCAAGUGGUAAUUGACAAGUUUAUUGAGGAAUCGGAAAAAGAUCCUGAUUUUUACUAUCGUGUAAGAUUGAAUGAUCAAGGUCAACUUAUAGCUUUCUUCUGGAGUGACAAAAACUGUUAUGUUCGGGUGUUCAUUUAUCGCAGAAGAGAAGGUGGAACAUUUGAAUGGGUUCUAGGACAGUUUAAGAAGGGCAUGAAUAAUAAAUCUCGAAUUUCGAUCUUUACUGAUCAAGACUUUGCAAUGUCAAAAGCAAUUGAAAAGGGUUAUAUGCAGAUACGAUAUCAUAUUUGUUUUCAUAAUAUGCAUGUAUUUCCAAAUGCAAAGCAUAGAUUAUGCUUGUGGCACAUAUUAAAAAAUGCAGUGUUAAGAUUUAGAAUGUUAAAGUCAAAUGCUGGAUUCAAGGAAGUUUUUCAUAAAUGCUUGAUGGGAUGCAACAGUGAGAAUAAAUUUAAUGAGUGCUGGGAUAAUAUGGUGACAACGUACAACAUGAAAGACAAUGAAGAAUUCUACACUUGGUUUGAUAGAUUACACAAAAUGCGGCACAAAUGGUGUACAGGAUUAAGUAAAGAUUUCUUCUCAGCCGGAAUUCUAUCCUCUCAAAGGAGUGAAUCAACAAAUAGUGCCAUUGGAUUUGAAGCAACAAAAACAACAAGUUUGACACAAUUUCAUAAAAUUUUCCAAAAGACAGUUGAGCAAUGGAGAAAAAGGGAGAUUGAAGCAGAAUUUCACUAUUCAAGGACAACUCCUUCUUCUAGUCUAUGUAUUGUUGGUUUGCUCAAACAUGCUGCUGAGAUUUACAUUGCAUCUCUAUUUAGAGAUUUCGAAGAAGAGUUCAAAAUAGCUAUAUCUUGUUAUGUUACUGAAGUUACACAAGAUAAUGGAUUGAAAGUAUACAAGGUGUGGAUAGAAGAUAUGAAAGAAAGCGCACAAAUUGUUGUUUAUAUGAACCAUCAAGGAAAUGUUAAUGUUAAGUGCACAUGUAAAAACUUUGAGGCUUGUGGUUGGUUGUGUUGUUAUUGUUUGCGCAUACUUCAUAAUCAUUCAAUAUCAAAGAUCCCAGAAAAAUACAUCUUACCUCGAUGGACAAAAUGUGCUAAAAAGGAUGUAUGGGAGAAGAUGUUCUACAACCAAGUCCGUCAUAGCAACGACAACGGUAAGAACCAGAGGUUGUUGGCAUUGCAGUGGAGGCAUAACAUGGGGCGUAAGAUGUACAAUUUGGUUUUGAAAGCACAACAAAACAACGAUGCUCGAAGGGUGGUUGAGGAUUUAUGUCACAAAGCAUACGAAGAAGUUCAAAGGUUGCAAGAAGAAUCAAUCCAAGAACACACAUCACAAUCAAACGUUUCUAGAACUGGAUUCAUGGUGUUAGACCCAGAUAAAUCAGUAACCAAGGGACGCAAAAAGAGAAUCAAGGGUCAUUUUGAGAAGAAAAAGAACACAACGAAUAAGGAGUUUGGUUCACCCACCUCAUUUGUAGACCUUUGGGCAAUUAUUGCAUCCAUUCUUAUUGGCUUGUCAUCUGCAAACUUAUUUGCUAAUGUCAUCAGUUUGUCCCGAUCUUGA